CUGGUCGAUCUCUAUAAACUGCUACAUUCCACGGAUCAUGAGAGGUACAUAGGGCAAUGCCUGUCAGACAUGCAUAUACAGUUUAAAAGAAACCCACCUCUUGCUCCUUAUUUCGGAGGGAUUUGGGAGAGCAACAUUAAAUCAGUGAAGUCACAUUUGUAUAGAGUAGUGGGAAAGCAAGUCGACAAAAGUGGAACACUCCGUCUCGUCCAAAAGGGGUGUAUUGUUAUUAUUCGUAAAUAUAAUUCGCCGCCACUCAAUUGGCCGCUAGGGAUAGUUGAGGAUUUAUACCCUGGUAAAGAGGGAAUCACGCGAACCGUUAAGAUUAAAACGCAAACAGGCUCUUAUAUACGACCCGUCGUUCGCUUAUGUCCUUUACCGCUUCAAUAA